AUGUCGGAAGAAGGUGCAGAAAGCGCACCGAAGCGCGAAUUUGUUGUUCCACAAAAGCUUAUCAAAUCUCCCACCGAUAUGGAGGUGUGGAGGAUGUCGGAAGCAUAUUACGAUCUGCUGGGAUUCAUCAGUAGCAUGUCCGUGGCGUUGCAGGGAACUCGCAAUAGCCAAAAUGUAACGAUGCCAGCUGUGGUUGAAAAGUUGCUGAAAGCAUUGGAACGGCUUGAGCAGCUGGCAAUUGAAACGCCACCAGUUGACCAGCCGGCACGAUUCGGUAAUGUUGCCUACAAGAGUUGGUUUCAAAAAAUGCAAUCAGAGAGUACGCAAUUGAUAAACGAUGCAUUGCCCGAGUCCUUGCAAGACGCAACGAAAGAGCUAUUGGUUUACUUCGUUGAUUGCUUCGGUAAUCCUACGCGUAUUGACUACGGCACUGGUCAUGAAUUGGCGUUUAUCAUGUUUCUGAUGUGUCUGUUCAAAAUCGGUGCCGUUGAACGGAAGGAUGAAGUUGUAAUUGGUCUCAAGCUCUUUCACCAAUACAUCAUACUCGUACGUAAGUUGCAAGUGACCUAUCGAAUGGAACCAGCUGGCAGUCAUGGAGUGUGGAGUUUGGAUGAUUUUCAGUUUGUCCCUUUUAUAUGGGGCAGUGCACAACUGUCCGUCAACAGUCCAAUCGAGCCGGUACAGUUUGUUGAGGAGAAAACGAUCGAGAAAUACAAAAAGGAGUUGAUGUUUGUUGGAUGCAUCGACUACAUUCAGCAGGUGAAAACUGGUCACUUUGCCGAGCACUCAAAUCAACUGUGGAGCAUUAGUGCCGUUCCGCAGUGGUCAAAGAUCUGUACCGGGCUGAUAAAAAUGUAUCAAAAAGAGGUACUUUCUAAAUUCCCCGUCAUGCAGCAUGUCUACUUCGGAUCGGUGCUCACAUUGAAGACGGUAAAACCAGGCACUGUGUUGCCUAGCCCUAGGCUAGGGAUGAUUCCUCGUCAACAUGGUUCUGUGCCAUUGGUACCAGCGCCACCGAAGUUUGCUGGUGGCGAUGGAAUGUGAUAAAACUGUGUAUUAU